AUGGGUGAGCGUGAAUUGAAUCAUAGAGUACCAGAAUUCUACUGCUGCUAUUUGCUGAGAUCUGUUCAGAAGAAACAAUCAUUUUACAUAGGUUCCACACCGAAUCCGGUGCGCAGACUUCGACAACAUAAUGGAAUUCUCACCAACGGUUCGGCAUACAGGACUAAAAAAACAGGCCUUAGGCCUUGGGAGAUGAUCUUCUGUGUAUAUGGUUUCACCAGCAAAAUUGCAGCGUUGCAAUUCGAGCACGCCUGGCAACAUAGCUACCACACGCAUUUCAUUGACGAUGAAGAGCGGAUUGUGAAAAACAAGACGAGCGGGAGAAGUCUCCACCACAAGCUGGGGAACGUCCGCUUGCUUUUAAAAAACCCGUUUUUCCAGUACAUGGAUUUGUUGACUCACGUCUUUGACGAAGAGGCCUUCAGAGUUUGGAAUCAAAAUAGAUUCAAGCUAAGCAGCUGUGCAGAAAUGACCGUUUCGGACUUUGACGACGUCGCGGAUGCAUCAAGCUUGCAAGUCUCAGAGAAUCCUGGGAACUCCGAGAACUCCGAUGACCCAUCGCUAGCAAACUUGAAAUUCGUGGAAAAGUUGUUCGCAGAUAUUCUAGCUCAGCAUCGCAAGAACAUCGAGCGCCAACAGAAGUUUCUCUCUCAUGGCAAAUUGGUGUGUGGUGUUUGUCAUAAUUUCUUCAACUACAUGGAUGAAAACGACAGUGAACGGAGAUCGAAACCAUUGGUAGCAUUUUGUCCAGCAGAAAACUGCAAUUUCGUAUCUCAUCUGAACUGUCUCCAUCGGGUCUUUUUAGAUGACGAACAACUAGAUAGAGGCGCCAGGACGCUGAUUCCUAAGUCAGGAAAUUGUCCCUUUUGCGAAAAAGUUGUGUCUUGGCCGGUCAUUGUAAAAUAUUCCACCUGUAUAAGAGACUGUAACGAAUUGGGCAAGGCUGCAAAAGACCUAUGA